AUGCAGGCUACCUUGACCGCUUCCAGAGCCGAAAAACCGGUGUAUCCAGCGCCCCUAACCAUGGUCACCACCUACGACCCGCAUUCGGACAAGUUCGUCAUAUUACGUGAUUUCCUGUUAGACGCUCUUGCGUUCAAAGCAAUGAAUGACCGCGAGGAGCAAGUAACCGAAGCGUACAGCGAGACGUUCAACUGGAUCUAUGACCAUGAUGACCAUGAGUUUGCCGUUUGGCUAUCCGGCGCUAGUGAUGAGUCCAUGUUUUGGAUUCACGGACUCCCAGGAUCAGGAAAGUCAACGUUGAUGCGAUAUAUCAGUCAACAGUCGCGGACUAUGGAGUUGUUACGAAUGUGGGCCGGAGGCGAACCAAUCACCCUGGCCAAUUUCUUUUUCUGGGAGAGUGGGACCGCGGUGCAGAGGUCCCAAGCGGGGCUGCUGCGGUCACUGCUCUAUCAAUUAUUGGGACAACAGCCAGACCUAAUUCCAGCAGUGUUCCCAAUCCUCUGGGAUAAAAUUUGGAAAGCAGACACUCGUACCCGAAUCCAACUCACGAGCAAUUGGUCUUUAUCUGACCUGCUCGAUGCAUUUUACCGGUUCUUCGAGAUCUGUGAUAAUAAUAGGCACGUUUGUCUUUUGAUAGACGGUCUGGAUGAGUUUGAAGGAGACCACCAAAUCAUGAUUGACCUUCUUGAGCGCGCGCGCCAGCGCCCUCGGACCAAAAUCGGCCUGUCUAGCAGGCCAUGGGAGGUCUUCCGCAAAGCCUUCAGCACAAUUCCCGCUUUGAGAUUACAAGAUCUUACCACCAACGACAUGAUCCAGUUUGUCAACGGAAAAUUACGUGCGAACAGUCGGAUCCGCAUUCUCAUGGAUGCUGAACCGCAAGCCGGAACAGACCUUGUAAAUGUGGUUGUUUCUCGAGCUAACGGCGUCUUCCUUUGGGUAUCACUCGUCGUCCGCACUGUGAUAAAAAACCACGGGGCCACUGUUUACCAUCUCGCUUCAAUACAGAAACUGGUCGAAAGCCUUCCUACAUCCUUGGACGACCUUUUCAGUCACUUUCUUCUCAGACAUCCAUCUGAUUCUCAGCCCAAAAUGUCACGUAUAUUUCAACUCAUGCGAGCCAGGGAAGAAGUAUGCGACUUCACUCGAGAUGAGGACUCUAACGUUCUGCACCUUUGGGAAAUGGCAUUGACAGCAGGCUAUGUAAGCAAUGUACCCUCUGAAGCACUUGUUCAUGAGAUGCCCAAGAGCCAAGUGUACCAAAUGUGCAUUGCAACUCUCACAGACAUCCUUGAAAAUUGCGCAGGACUUGUAGAGGUACACAAAACAACUGCCGAGAAGAAAAUAAAACCUUCUCAAAGCAACGCCAGCAGCGCUAGAUUCUUGCCGCAACGAAAAAUCUCCUACCUUCAUCGGACCGUGAAAGAUUAUCUCAGAAAAGAGGACAUCUGGAACGAAAUCGUAUCCCACCUCCCAUCCAUUGACCCACACCUCUUGCAUGUCCGCUCAGUCCAUCUGCAGUUCAAGCACCCAAUCGGCGCUCCCAGAAAACAGCGGAACAUAAACGCGUGGUGGUCGAGAAUCGUGCUUGCAAUGACCCAUGCGCGAUACUGCCGGCCUGCCUCGCACGAGGCGAUGUUUGACUACCUCAACGCCUUUGACGAUACCCUCAACUGGUACUGCCCCCCGCGAGGUGGCUCUGUGGCAAUAGACAGCUGGGCGCGCAGCUGCUUUGGUACAUAUGAAGAAAGAGCAUCGCGGAAGUUUCCGGACCCCUUCUUGUCACUUGCUGUCAAGUUUGGAGUUGUGGGUUAUGUGGGUACCUACUUAGAUACACUGGAAUAUGAGUAUGAGCAAGAGAAACCACUGUUAUCGCACGCGGUGGAGUACCUUGUCAAUCGGCAGAGCACCGUGUACCCGCUCUCCAAUCCCGAACUCGUGGAGGUCCUCCUGAGCAACGGAGAGGAUCCUAACCUCAUAAAACAACCAGAGAGAGAUACAAUAAUACAAAGCCUUGCCCACAAAAACAGCCAGGAGCAUCCGUCGGUUGACGACGAAGAUUAUCAACCCCCGCAGAAACCACCACCAGCACUGAAAACGCCGUGGGUGCUGGCGCUAGAGGCCGUCCAGCAGGCGCAUCGAAAGGGCUGGAUCGAGCCGUUUGACAUACGUCCCGAAGGAACAGCACGCUGGGCGAGAAUACUCCGCGCAUUGCUUGAACAUGGGGCGCAUCCAAAUGUCAUGGUCUCUGCUACGUACCGGGACAAAGAGGAGAGUGCGGCGGAUUUGCUUACAAGGGUGUUCGAAGCGUAUAUGUCGAGCGAGGUGAACCAAGUAAAGGACUUGUUUAUCGAGAGGCUGAAAGAGGCCUCCAUUGGACAGUGCUAA